AUGCACGUAUUGUUCCAUGCAAUUUCCAGUGGCUACUCAGCUAAAUUACGACUCACAUUGAAACAGGGACCUCCUGAGGAUGCUGACCACACGAAUCAGGACCCCGAGAGCGGAAAUUUGACUAGAGACGACAGCGACUCUGGGGAUAAUGGUCGGGCUGGAGAUUACGUCCUCGUUUCCGCUGACAGCCACCCAAAUUAUGUUGGUGUGGACGUAUCGACUAAUUCUCACGAAAGAUAUCCCCACGUAGCGGCCAACAACGUGUUCGCACCAUACCCGGUCGAACAAAUCUCGUCCCCGAUGGCCAGAGAGCGGUUCGAUGAACAUGGAGUGAACGAGUUUCCGGCGCAUCCUGUGGACCAAGUCCCUAUCGAGGAUAUGCGACGCUUCUAG